CCCAGCGCCAUGAAGAGCCCGGCCGAGGAGGCCGCCGCGCCGCCGCCGCCCGCGGGUGGGUGCUCCGGUCCGGAGGCGGCCCCUCGCGCGGCCGGGAGAGGAGUGGCCGAGCUCCGGGCCCCGCCGGCCUCGGCCGCCCCUGCCGACGCGGCGGCCGAGGGCGGCGGGGACGCGGUGCAACUGAAGGUGCCGGCGCUGCAGCAGCUCUACCACUGGGACUGCGGGCUGGCCUGCUCCAGGAUGGCGCUGCGGUACCUGAACCUGCUGAACGAUGAAGACUUCCAGAGAGCCGUCCGGGACCUCCAGUUGACCAAAAGCAUCUGGACAAUUGACUUGGCCUACCUGAUGCGUCACUUUGGGGUGAAGCACCUGUUCUGCACCCAGACGCUGGGCGUGGACAAGGGCUACAAGAACCAGUCUUUUUAUAGAAAACACUUUGACACAGAGGAGAACCGGGUAAACCAACUAUUUGCCCAAGCAAAAGCCUGCAAGGUGCUGGUGGAUAAACGGGCAAAGGAAAUCUUGGGCCAUAGAAGCAGGGAAGAUAUGAAGAAAAAGAUCCAGAGGCAAAUCCUUAGGUAUGCAUACAAAAGCACGGUGACCAUCCGAGACAUCCAGGAGCACCUCUCGCAGGGCCACAUCGCCAUCGUGCUGGUCAACGCCGUGUUGCUGCUAUGCGACCUCUGCUCCAGCCCGGUGAAGUAUUGCUGCUUCCUGCCCAUCGGCCAGAAGUGCUUCUGCCGCAGCCCCGACUACCAGGGCCACUUCAUUGUCUUGUGUGGCUACAACAGAGCUUUGGGGUGCAUUUAUUACAACAACCCUGCCUACGCGGACCGAACAUGCAGCACCAGCAUCUGUAACUUUGAGGAAGCCAGGACCAGUUACGGCACAGAUGAGGAUAUCCUGUUCAUUUACCGAAACAGCUGACCCUGCGGCUGAGCUCCCAGCUCACUGCCCUUGUGGCAGCCAUCUCAGGACUCGCAGACCUCCCCUCCUGGACUGCACCGGGCUGGAAGCAAAGGAGAGAGAUAGAAGGGAGGAGAACGCAUUUAUGCCACCUUACAGCAGAAGGUCCACUGCAGUCCUAAUAGAUGACAGAAUGUGGUUUCCAGUCGGGGUCUGUCUGGGGACCCCAGGUGAUUUUGCCCAGGGGAGGGGGUCCAACUCUGGCCCCAGACCAAAACGUGGCCAGUUCCCCCCUCCCUAAAGAAAACUGAACUCUGCGCUCUCUUCUGAUGCUGCAACAGGAUCCGGAGUGGUCGCCCAAUCCGAAGUCUGCACCCCUCCUCCCUCCGAGGCUUUCCCAGUUCAGCUCUCUUACCUGCUCCGGCCAGCUUCUGCCUGCAGCACAGCCAGGCUGCUGCCCUAGGAAAAAGCAAAUCUGCCCAUUUUUGCACAUUUGAAGUUUUGAGAUGCGGAAUGUCCUUUCACAGGCAUAAAACUCAGAAGCAAUCCAGCUCCCUGAAUUCCGUAGGAGCAGCUCCCCUAUCCUAUCAUUCACAGUUUUUGAGUCUUCUGAUAAAAACCAAGCAAAUAAAUUAAGGCAGAAAGGAAAGAAGGGACUCGGUGUCCUAUAAAGAAGAGUUCAGAGGGGGACUUCCCAGAAGGACACACAAACACCCCCAGCAAUCGCAGUCAGUGGCUCCUUCCGAAGCCUCAUUCCCACUUAGAGGGACUUUUUAGGUGAGACCAAGUUUUGCAGUGUUGGCAGGAGGAAAAUGUUUUUUUCCAGAGGACUAAAAUCCUUUAUAUCUACAGGUUUUGAAUUAUGUGAAUUGGCACUUUGUCAAUCUAUCAUUUUGAAUAAUGUCUGUUUAAUUAAUACUCUGAUUAGAUUAUUUGUGAAAGGCUGCCAGUUCUUACUAUGUUUAAUUUUGUCUUUCAAAAAGACAGUAUUUCAUAGACAGCAGCUGCGUCCUCGUGCUAGUUCAGCGGCCGCAGUUUAUCAGCAUUCUCCUUGUUGAGCUCAUCCAAGACUCACGUUUGCCCAGAAGUCGGCUUUGCUAGAUCCAGUCCGUUUUCCCUCCCGGGAAAAGCCAGGGUAAGGUUGCUGUCCGGGCACAGUCACUCCUAAAGGGGCUGCCCUUUUAGCUGUCCUUACCUCCUGCCACUUAAGUGAAGCUGUGGGCCUGCUUGCUUGCUUGCCCCAGAGUAGCCACCCAGGUAACGGCCACUCUGGACCUCAGCCUGCUUUGCCAGUUUCAAAGUGGCCACAGCAAGUCCAAGCAGGAUCUGUUUGGGCCCUGAGAAGGGCUGAAAGCCUUCAGGAGAAGGGCAGGAGCCCCCUCCUGUCUGGCAGAGAGUCCCAGCUCCUUGGUGUUGCCUGCUGGGUGGGGGGAGAGCUGUGCCCCUCUGGGAGGCCUAGGUUUCUACCUCAUCGCACCAUAUUUGUCUCUGCUCUCAGCCCCGGGGGGGGGGGGAGGCGCUUCUCUGGUGGCUUGAAAUAACUUUGUGCUGUGUGUCUGCUCUGUGGUCAACUUAAACUCUUGUAAGUGCCUAUUAAUGGCAAGAGAAUUCUGGGGAGCAUCUUGGAAGUUACCCAAGUGAAGCUGCUGCUUCCUAAUUCUAGCCCAAAGAAAGCGAGUCAGGUGAGGAGCUGAUGGAAGUGGGCAAGGGUGACGUUUUAUCAAAUGGGAGCCUUGUUCUCCCUUUGCAUUUUCUGCAGCUCUUGCAAAGGGAGGAGUCCAGCUUUCAGAUCCUUUGCUUUGCAAGGGUAGAGUUGAGGCGUCCGUGCGCUUUCUGUCUUGCCCCACUCUUAGUACUGGGUUUGUUCAUAUAUAGUAAAGAGCAUGUUGCUCAAUCUUCUAGUCUCCAGUUUAAGGGUGCUGCUUUUCAAGGGUUCCCUCUGAACAAAGCCCAGCUGAAAUAGGUGUUUUCAUAAGCAAACUCAUUAACAAGGGUGUGGAUGCGUCUCCAUCUGUCGGAUGGAUUGCUUGGUUACAAGGCGCUAUCCUCACAAAGGAAACAUUCACACAGCUGAGGUCGGCCAUCUGUCCUGGUAUCCCCCAGACACGGGAUGAUGCGCCUGCCGCCUUAGAGGCCAAUGGGGGGGGGGCUCCCCAGUCUUGGUGCAGAGCCUGCAAAGGGGAGAGGCUCUGAGUUCUGCCUUCCUGGCCGAGAGGGCCAAGCUGCUCCUGGCAGAGCGGCUGGCGCAAGGGAAGGGGCUGGGGGCCACCACUCUUGGGAGGGACACCAAGGCAUUGGGACAGUCAGAAUGAGGCCUGCCUGGGCCCUGCACGUUUUCUCUUCAUUUGGGUACUCUGGACAAGGAAAUGUUUAUGCAAACUUCAUGAUCACACGAGAGUAAAAGGGAAGAAAACCUGUAAAAUAAGUUUUAUAUACAAAAGUAUUUGUAAAUCACUCAAUAAAGCCUGCUUUCUUGAA